AUGUCUUUGCAGAUCAAUCUUGAUGACAUCGAUUCAGUGGCACCACUUCCCACAGCUGAAGAAAAUGUACAGGAGUAUCUGGAGGCCAGGGCUGCAAAGGACGAAGAGGUGUUCCAGACGCUAGGGUUUAAUGAAGAGGUGUUCCAGACGGUAGGGUUUAUUGAAAAGGUGUUCCAGACGGAAGGGUUUAUUGAAGAGGUGUUCCAAACGGUAGGGUUUAUUGAAGAGGUGUUCCAGACGCUAGGGUUUAAUGAAGAGGUGUUCCAGACGGUAGGGUUUAUUGAAAAGGUGUUCCAGACGGAAGGGUUUAUUGAAGAGGUGUUCCAAACGGUAGGGUUUAUUGAAGAGGUGUUCCAGACGGUAGGGUUUAUUGAAGAGGUGUUCCAAAUGGUAGGGUUUAUUGAAGAGGUGUUCCAGACGACAAGCAAGACAAGCAGCUUUAAACUCCUCCUCUGUAACUGCAGCGAGUGUAGCUAUAGUAAGCACAACGACUUCUACGUCAUCCUCAUUCAGAACAUCAGAUGCAGUGCAUUUAAAACACUUUUUUUCUCUUAUCUUUGUCAGACACUUUUGCUAAGAGCUGUUUUUGGAUGGCAUGAUUUAGAUAAUAGCGAGUAUGACUGCUGGCCAUUAGAAAAACCGGAUGAAUUUAACAUGAUAGACUGUGGAGGUCUGGAGAUGGCUUGGGUAAACAGACCACCAGAGAAAAUUGUGAGUGGAGAAGAAUUCAACGUCACCUAUGCAGUAACCACAUCUGAUGAGUUCUAUCAGUGGGCAGUAGAACAUGGAAUCUUCUCCCAUAGUAAUGCAGCAGCUGCAAAAAAGUUUUGUGAAGAGCAAGACUGUCCUCCAAAUUGGAAAGACGCAAAUGGACAGAACUGCUGUGUUCAUCAUGCAAACAUACAUUCCUGUCCACUGGGGUUCAUGAAUAAAGGUGGAAUAUGUGGGCCGUGGAUCCCAGAUGAUGGCCGGAUAUUUACCCACACCCUCUCUACAGCUGGAAAAAUGACUCAAAGGAACUGGACUGCAAAGGUGGUCCUGGUUCAUGUAGGGGUGACUUCCCUGAUUGCUCAUAUCAGGGUAGGGAAGAUGCAGGUUGCUCUGGAGGCCAAGACCACUGUCUUACCUGCUAUAGUGUGUGGAGACGGAGUUUGUGAUGCAGAGGAGAUGUGUUCCACAUGCCCUGCUGAUUGUGGUGAAUGUCCAAUGACUGCAGCAAUCAAGGUUGCAAUAUGCCUCCUAAUUAGCUUUGUCUUCGCUGGCUUUAUCCUUACAGUAGUGUGGUUUCAAUAUCAAAAACAAAAGAUGUUUUGGGAUGAAAGCUGGAUAAUUGACUUCAGUCAGAUAAAACAAACUCACAUUGCUCGGACCACCAUGGGAAGCAUCAUAAGUGUCCCAAUCGGAAACAGCGACUCCAAUGCCAGCUGUAUUACAGCUCUCAGCUCCUGCACAGGAGCUCUGAACACAUCCCGAAAACAGCACUUCACCCAGACCGGGAUAUAUGAUGCACGCACAGUAGCUAUUAAGAAAAUAAAGAAGAAAACCUUUUCUCUUACAAAAACUAUCAGGAGAGAAGUAAAGCAAGUUAGGAUUCUUGAUCAUCCAAACCUGUGCAAGUUUUUUGGUGGCUGCAUAGAGGUGCCAAAUGUAGCCAUAGUAACUGAGUACUGUCCGAAGGGGAGCCUUAAUGAUGUUCUACUAAAUGAAGAAAUUCCUCUUAACUGGGGCUUCAGAUUUUCUUUUGCUACUGACAUUGCAAGAGGAAUGGCUUACCUUCAUCAACAGAAAAUUUGUCAUGGACGAUUAAAGUCAAUGAACUGUGUUAUUGAUGACCGUUGGGUCUGCAAGCUCUCAGAUUACAGCCUGUCAACGUACCGAAAAGAAGACUCAAAUGAAGUCAUUAGCACAUACCAACUGAGGCUGCUGCAGGUUUACAUGCCACCUGAAGCCCAGUCUCCAGAAUUUGAGCCCACAUUCGCAGCUGAUGUGUUCAGCUAUUCAAUAAUAUUACUGGAAAUAGCAACUAGAAGUGACCCAGUUCCGGCAGAGGACAAUUCACUGGAAUGUGCUUGGUGCCCACCUUUGCCUGAAUUAAUUACAGGCAAGGCAGAGAACACCUGCCCCUGCCCCUCAGAGUAUGUGGAGCUGAUCAGGAGGUGUCGAGCACAUAACCAAGUCCACCGGCUUACCUUUGAUCAAAUAAAGAAGUUCUUGUAUAAAAUCAACCCAAGCAAAGUCAGCCCUGUGGACGUGAUGAUGAACUUGAUGGAAAAAUACAGUAAACAUCUGGAGGUGCUGGUAGCUGAAAGAACACAGGACUUGAUGCAUGAGAAACAGAAAACUGAUCGUCUGUUAUACAGUAUGCUCCCCAAACAGGUAGCUGAUGAUCUAAGACAAGGAAAACCAUCACAAGCCCAAAGCUAUGUAAGUGCAACGGUAUUUUUCAGUGAUAUUGUUGGCUUCACACAGCUGUCAAGCACUAGCACACCAUAUCAAGUUGUAGAAUUCCUAAAUAAGCUAUACACAACCUUUGAUGACAUUAUAGACAACUAUGAUGUCUACAAAGUUGAGACCAUUGGAGAUGCAUAUAUGGUGGUGUCGGGAGUGCCUAAGGAAAAUGACAUCCUCCAUGCCAGUGAAAUAGCCAGCAUGGCUCUGGAUCUUGUGGCUGUCUGUAAGACUUUCAGAAUUCCUCACAAACCAAACAACCAGCUGCAGAUUCGAGCAGGCAUUCAUUCAGGUUCAGUUGUAGCAGGGGUGGUUGGGACAAAAAUGCCCCGAUACUGUUUGUUUGGGGAUACAGUAAACACAGCCUCAAGAAUGGAAUCGACAAGUGAAGCCCUGAAAAUUCAGUGCAGUUCAGGUUCUUACUAUCUCCUGGAGGAGAUUAAAGGAUAUGUGUUAACUUGUCGAGGAACACUGCAAGUAAAGGGAAAGGGAGACAUGAUUACCUACUGGCUGGAGGGGAAGCAACCAAAGCCUGUAAAUAAGGAAACUGCACACAAAACUUCAGCUGUCCUAGAAAGUGAGGACAAUUACACUGCAAUUCCAGGGGUUCUCAAUGAUGACCUUCAAAUGAACCCAGCCUAGGGUUACCUCAAGCCCAAUGUAUUUGUGUUACUGACAUAGAUGGAUGCCUACUUUUACCAUUUAUAUGGAGGGAAACAAGGAUUAUCUAACCUUUGUUAUGCUUCAAAAACAAAAAAAAAUAAUCACAAUAUAAACUUGACAACCCAGCAAUCAAGAUACAAAUCUAGAAAACCUGUAAUGCUGUCAUGGUCUACGGUGCACAUUACAAUAAAACAUUACAUUAGAUCACAUUCUUUUCCUCAAGACACCAGCCUUUACUUUGAAGCAUUUGUGAGAGAAAAGUAACACGCUGAAAACUGUUUCUCGCAAGGCUUGCAUAUUUUGUUUCUCUUGACUAUAGAAGUUAGAAUUUGUGUCAUUACUGUUCAAUACAGUAAUGGUACAAACACAACUUUAUAUAUGCAGAAAUAAGUCAUUCCUGUACCGGUAAGUAUUUUUUUAUUUAAUAGUGAGUGACCCAAAAAUGCACAGAUGUAUUUAUUUUAUUUAUUUAACAAUGUAAAUGUCAGUAUAUUAAGCACAUUCAGAUUUACAUCUUGUUUAAAAUGGCACCCCAAUGACAAACGCUAUUUGUAAGGUCCUUUUUUUCAUGCUGUCUAUUCAAAAAGAAAAUGUUCAUAUACACGUAUACAAGUGAGUGCAACGUAUAUCUGGUGUAUGGUUCAUUAAAAAAUCUGUUUCCAACAUGCAGUAAGUAACAUAAUUAGGGCUUCUGAUUUUCAGUGUUUGCUGACGACUUUUCUACUCUCCUUUAAAAAUCCAAUUGAUACCCGUUGAGCCUUUUGUGUAUCUCAAUCACAACUGAGAAACGUGUUAAUAGUAAAAUGUAUUUAAUUUAAGGUUUUUUUUGUUUUUUUUAUGAUACAACUAAAUGGGCCUUUAAAUCGUGUCUUACUUUUUCAUUUCAAAGCAGAAGCGACUUCUCUUUAUUAAUGUAAAUACUGUCACGCAGAAUGAUUGUAAUAAAGUGUGUCCAGUAUAAAAUACUUCAUUUCACUAUGGCUUUAAUAAAAGAAAUUUAAGGCUUGGCCAAUUUAAAAGCCAAUUUAGUUGUUUCACAGAAGAAAAAGUCAAUUAAAUUAAUUUUACUAUUAACGUUUUUCAGUUCUGAUUUGAGAUACAGAAAUGGUUUAACAGGUAUCAGUUGAAUUCUUAAAGGAGAGUAGAAAAUUCAGGGUAAAACACUGAAAACCAGAAUAUGAUGUUGCUCCUGCAAUAAAGUAUACUUGUUUUACGUAUUUUCUGUGAAAAGGUCUAUUUUAAUUAUCUGCUGGUGUUUUCUGCUAGGGGUGAUUUAUUAACCCACUUAAAAGCAUUAUGACAUACAAUAAAUAUACAGUGACACAAGAUAUGCAAAACAUUUGGCUUCUAAAUUUUAGGUUGGAGGUGUUUAGAUCCCCAUUGUUUCGAUCAUUAAAAUAGACCCCAAUGGCAGUUUAGUAUCUUUAAUUGUAAUUUUUAUUUGAAAUCUGUGAAGCUUUGAUGAAUAUUGUAAUUUAUUUGUAUUCUUCAUUACAGUGCAUACUAUUAAAUUUGAAACAAGGGUUUUGUUAAAUUAGUAUGUCCUGAUGGGGAUAGUGGAGGCCUCUGUAUGAACUUUUAGCACACUUUAGAGUUUUAACAUCAAAUUGUGAUGAAUCCUGGUUAGAACACCGUUUACCAUGAGUUAGUGAGUCAGAAUGUCAUUAUAUCUGAUCUAUUUGUCUGAUCACAGGUCAUGCUUACAAUUUUCUUGUACAUAUGGUCUUCUUUGAUGAUAGUUCUUAUUUUGCUUUCACAGCUAUGGCAGUGGAUGUAUGCUUACACAGUUUUCUCCUCUGCUUGUGCAAACAAGGGUGAUAAGGGUUCAGAAAGUUGGGUAAGGUUGUGUGUGAUUCAAUGUGUGAAACUAAAACAUUUUAGAAAGGAAACAGGUACGGUAAUGCUAUAACCACAACACAGCUUCAAAUUAAGGCAUACACAGUAGGUUUAUGUGUUUACAUAGUAUGUCCUGUCACCAGCGUUUUUAAAUUUGUGUACUGCAAAAAAAAAAAGGGCAAUAGGCUUAAAAAAAACUGAGAAAAAAAAUACUUGAUUUUAAGUCAUCACUAUGUUUUUACUAAAUACAACACAGGAAAUAACAAGUUUAACGACAUUGUAAAUACCUCUUGUGGAAGUUUAUUUUAUUUAGUCUGUAUGUAGAAUAGGGUUUCUUUUUAGCCUUGUUCAAUAUUUAUGUAAAUUUAUGUUUUAUUUGAUCAUGAAGUAAUAAAAGAAG